AUGGGCGUGCGUGCUCAUCUACGGCUACCUGCUGUUUUCAAUGCUGCGCUUCGUGUCCAAGUUCUCGUUUAUCAACGUGGUUCGUACGAUAGAGCCGCAGCAAUCGAUUUCGUUCCCGAGUGCACGCGGCGCCGUCACGUUUGCCGAGCUUGUUCGCCGCGUGCCAGAGUUUCGCACCGGCGCCUGGGCAGUCAUGAACCCGCUGCUGUGCCACGGCCAUCUGCAGACCAUGUUUGCUGGCCUCCGCAGCUUCAGUUCGCCAAAGAACCGGCCGCAGACGGCCAAUUGCCCGAAUUCACCAGACGACUCACUGCUGCCGAGCUGGAAGACUUCUCUAACUCGACCAAGCCAAUUUUCCUCGUGCUGCACGGCUUGUCGGGCUCGUCGUCGGAGUCGUACAUCCGCUGUCUUUUCGCCAGAAUGCCCGAUUUCGAGUGCAUGGUGCUGAACAGCCGAGGCUGCGGCAAGACACCGCUCACCACGCCGGUGCUAUUCAACGGUUUCUGGACUUACGACCUCAAGCACACGGUGCAGCGGCUGCGCAAGGCGUUCCCUGAACGGCAGAUCUACGCGGCGGGCUUCUCGCUCGGCGGCAGCAUCCUGGCCAACUACGUCGGCCAGUCGGGCGAACACUCCGGGCUCGACCUCGCCGUCGUGAUCGCCAACCCGUGGGACCUCAACCAUGCGUGCUUCGUGUUUGAAAAUGACUUCAUUGGCGACAAGAUCUACUCGCCCAUCAUGACGCUACCUCUCAAGCAGAUGAUCAAGAGCCACUACAAGAAACUGAGUGAGAACCCGGACUUCGAGCCGCUGUACAAACAGCAUUUCCGCCACGUGAACAGCAUCAAGUCUUUUGACAACGCGUUCACGUCGCGGCUGUUCGGCUUCAACUGCGCGUCCGAGUACUAUCGCAGCGGAGCCUCCAUCACCAAGGUGUUCAACAUCCGUACACCGACACUUGUGCUGAACGCGCUGGACGACCCGCUCGUCGGCGGCGACGAACACUCGCUGCCGCUCAAGGAGACGACGCUGCAGCCGUACCUGGUGACUGUGUGCACGACGCUGGGCGGGCAUUUGGGCUGGUUCCGGUGGAACAACGAGCGGUGGUACGCGCGGCCGUUGAGUAGGUUCCUCAAUGAGUUCCAUGCGGCGCAGCUCGGCAAACCAUCCGUGGACGCGCGGUAUCUGCCCCUGAAGAAGAGGGUCGUCAACGAGACGCUACUAUAG